ACGUGAAGGCAGCGUGGGGAAUCUGCAUAUAAAAACGGCUCCCAAGUGAACGGCUCGCAAAUGCGAAUCGGUUCUCAUCGUUCACUUAAAAGUGCCGUUCAAAAGACCGACUCGCUCGUGGCAGUCACAUCUCUACAGGAGGGAGGGAGACGAGAGGGAGAACGUGACUAAAGACGGAGACAAUUGGAAAGCAAUAGGCACCUGGCACUUUAAAUGUGAUCCUCCUACCUGAGUGCUGCUACAAUUCGGGUGCACAGCAGGUGAACAGAGACCAGAGAGACAUCCACCGCACGUUACAGCAGUUUCAAAGUUCACCAGCUUCGGGGCAACUUGUUCAAAAAAGUGAUGGAAAAUAAACCCCUGGUGGACUGGGACUCUGGUCUCAUGGACUGCUUUGAGGAACCCAGUACCUGCUGCUAUGGAUUCUGGUGCGGUCCUUGCCUUGCCUGCACGGUGUCAGGCAGAUUUGGAGAGAACACCUUUCUCCCGCUGUUUGACUUUUGCGGUGUAACAACAUUCUGUGGGAUUCCUAUGUGUGUACCUCCUGCAGGUCUGUCUAUGAGGGCUGCCAUGAGAAACAGAUACGGUAUUAAGGGCUCUCUCUGUAAGGACAUCGUAGCGGCGUGUUGCUGCGGGUGGUGCUCCUGGUGUCAGAUGCACAGAGAGUUAAAACACCGUAAGAAAACUCCUACUGUCAUCAAUGUGCAGAAUCAAACCAUUUUCGCCACACAGCCUGCUCCGAUGAUGAUGAUGAUGCCCCCAGCUGUGAUGAACCAACAAGGGGUCGUCACCAUUUCACACUGAGCUUUUAUGGCUUCUUAUUGGUCGGCUAUGUUGUAUGUUGUUACAUUGAAGUCAAAUUCUAAUUCACAAGUUUCUCUUUAACCUUUAACCUUGAUCCAUCUCUCGCUCCUUAUUUGCACGCUCCUAUAGUAAGUAAUGAAGACUUUGUUGCAGAUGUUCUGCCAGAUGUGAAGUCCUUGUUUGAAAUUAAAGGGGUCUGAUGGGGACAGAUAACCCCUAUAACUCUUAAGUCCUUCAGUGUUGAAAACGCUGAUGUUUAAUAAUACCUGCAUUUGUUGACUAUUUGCAUGGGUUUUACUCACACCUUAUAGGCACCUGGCACUUAUUAUUUGGGCUCUGUAAUCCCCGCCCAGCUUACAGGAAAAAACAAAUCAUCACUUAGCUUCAGGUAAAUGAUGCCCUGCAGGGUUUCAUAUCAACAUCACACAGAGAAGAGUGGGUUUUGUCAUGAUGUUUACCUAAACAAACAACACACCACUCAGUAAACAAAUUAUUGUUAUAUCUUUUUCUUUUAAUUGUCCACAUCAUUUCACAUGUUUGGUCCUCCUGGUCUUGAUUCUUGUAUUUCCAGGGUUCUGAUGCUGUCUAGGUAAAUCAUGUUGGCUGGAUCUUCUUGAUGUUUGAGGUCUUCUCUUCUCUUGGGUUCUUAAGUUGUUGGAUUUUUUCAUUGUAAGUUUUUUUUUAAUGUGUUGGGUUUUUAAGCUUUUAUAUGCUUUAGUAUCCGUCAAAGCACUUUGCAAACCCUUGUUGUUAUGUUGUUAAAGGUAGGAUAUAAAUCAAGUUAUAAUAAUUAUAAUAAUGGUGAUAAUAAUAGUAAUAUUUUUAUUUUUUAUAUCAUAAUAAUAGGAAUUAUUAUACCCAUUAUUAUCAUUAUUAUAAUUAUCUGUAAUGUUUGCCACACAGCUAAGUUCAGGUUGAUGACCUUGUCUUCACCUCUUAUCUGUUUGUUGAAGGUGUUUUGAAGAACAAGGAAGUUUUCCAAGCAUUCAAAUUCAUCUUCUUCAAUAAAUAAAAAGGUUUUAUUCCAGAUCACAUCACCUUUAUUUGAACCAACAAUGAAACUCCAAAUUCUUCCACCUACAGUGGAGGACAGAGUCAGGAGGCUCUUUUUGCAUAUUUUCAGGUUUUGUUUUUUAUAUUCUUUGAGUACUUACAGCGAUUGUUCAUACACACUAGGUGUUUUAAUUUUCUGUUUCACUAGACGUGUUUCAGCGCAUCGGUUUGACAAAUAAAGCACUUUAAUAAAAUGUC